AUGACAACUGGUAUAAUGAGUUUAGAGGAUAUUAUAGAUGAUGUAAAAAAGAAUAUUAAAAUGGUAUUCCAAAAUGGAGUUAGAGCUGAAGAUCAGCAAGAAGUUUAUAUAAUUAGGCUUCAAUUAAUAUUGGACAGAUUAGCACAGAGCGCAAGACUGCAGGGCAACUGGUUUUAUUACUGUCAAGAAUGUAAGGCAAAAUAG